GGUCACAUACACCCAGGUGACCAGUUGAAUGCACUGGAUUCUCCAAAAGGCCACAGGAAGUGGACAGCUUGAAGAGAAUGGCAGAAGACAAGAGAGCCCAGCACCUUUGACAGCCAAUGAGGAAGGUUGCUCCGAAAAGAUGCAGCUUUAUGCACUUGACUCCACCGCAACUUUGUUUUUCUCCGUCAUCACUGCAGUCCUGGGCUCCUUUCAGUUUGGAUACAGCGCCGGGGUGAUCAAUGCCCCACAGAAGGUGAUAGAGUCCCAUUACAGAAAUGUACUUGGUAUCUCCUUGGAUGAGCGAGUGAUCAACUUUACAGAUUAUGUAAAUGUCAGUUCAGACUAUACAGUGAUGCCUGCAGAAAUGGAAAAGGCUGAGCCAUCUUCAUCCCAUGCAAGUGUUACCAUGUACUGGUCUCUAUCCGUGUCCAUCUUUGCUGUUGGAGGGAUGAUCUCUUCCUUCUUUGGGGGAUGGCUUGGAGACAAAUUAGGAAGAAUUAAAGCAAUGUUGGCUGCAAACUGUCUCUCUGUGGCUGGAGCUCUCCUGAUGGGACUGGCUAAAUUUGGGCCAUCUCAUAUUCUUAUUAUCGCUGGCAGAGCCAUAAUGGGGUUGUACUGUGGGCUAGUAACAGGACUGGUUCCUAUGUACGUUGGUGAAAUCUCUCCUACAUCUCUUCGAGGGGCUCUUGGAACCUUCCACCAGUUGGCCAUAGUCUUGGGGAUCCUUGUAAGCCAGGUCAUUGGACUUGACUUCAUCCUGGGAAAUGAUGACCGGUGGCCAGUGUUGCUUGGCUUGUCUAGUGCCCCCGCUGUCCUUCAAAGUUGCCUCCUCCUCUUCUGCCCGGAAAGCCCCAGAUACCUUCUCAUCAAACUCGGACAGGAAGGAAAAGCGAAGAAAAGCCUGCAACGGCUCCGAGGGGAUGUGGACCUCACCAAGGACAUCAUGGAAAUGAGAAAGGAAAAAGAAGAAGCUCUGAGUGAGAGGAAAGUUUCCAUAACUCAGCUCUUCACCUCCCCCAGCUACCGGCAGCCCCUUCUGGUGGCGCUGAUGCUUCAUACGGCCCAGCAGUUUUCUGGAAUCAAUGGGAUCUUUUACUACUCGACCAGCAUUUUUGAGAAUGCUGGAGUGGGAGAGCCAGUUUAUGCAACCAUCGGAGUUGGAGUUGUCAACACCGUCUUCACCGUCGUCUCAGUGUUCCUUAUAGAGAAAGCUGGAAGACGUUCCCUGUUUCUGAUCGGUUUGAUUGGAAUGUCUGUAAGCGCCAUCGUUAUGACAGUGGGACUUGCGUUAUUGGAUAAAUUUGACUGGAUGAGUUACGUGAGUAUGGUGGCCAUCUUCCUCUUCGUCAGCUUCUUUGAGAUUGGACCAGGCCCCAUCCCCUGGUUUAUCGUUGCUGAGCUCUUCAGUCAAGGACCUCGUCCUGCAGCGAUUGCAGUAGCCACAUUCUGCAACUGGACCUGCAACUUCAUCGUGGCCAUGUGUUUCCAGUACAUUGCGGAUCUGCUUGGCCCUUACGUCUUUGUCCUCUUUGCUGGGAUAGUUUUAGGAUUCACUCUGUUUACCCAUUUUAAAGUACCAGAGACCAAAGGGAAGUCUUUUGAAGAAAUCGCAGCAGAAUUCAAAAGGAGAAGGCGAGCUCCCGCUAAGGGCUCCAAGAUGGCUGCAGAACUGGAAUACCUGGGUGGCAAUAAGAACGUGUAAAGGAAACGUAGGAAGACGGAAGAUGGAAAGAAGACGUGUUUAGGCAUAAUGGGCCUGCAGAGCUUGGGACCGGCCUCUUUUGAAAAGUUGGAUUUUGAGGUGCUUUCUUAAUCGAAAAAAUUCAAAAUGUUUUUAUUUACAGUCUAAGAGGCAUACGUCAAAAUUCUCAAGAGGAGACAGACAAUCUAGGCCAUUACUACCUGUUUACAUGAUGCUGUGACCUACUUCUGGCAUGUAAUAAGUGUUUAACCAAUGCCAUAAUUAUUAUUAUAAUGAUUAUGACAAAGCCAAAAUACUAGUCUUUUCUGUUUCCUCAAAGGGCUCUUUCCUCAAAGUCAGUGUCCUUGCACACACUGACAGCAGCCAGAAGAAAAGUAGGAAAGAUUUCCACGUGGGACGUUAUUCAUUCAUUAGGGCUAUAACUGAAAAAUUAAAGUUCCAUCAGUAGAUACACGAAAA